AUGGCAGCUGAGACUUCAUCGCCCGCGCGCGAGCCCGCCACAUCAACCCGUGGCCGUGGCAGAGGCGGGCGAGGCGGCCGUGGUCGAGGUCGAGGAGGUGGCAGAGGCACCUCCAAUGCCGCCGUGUCGAAAUCUACUGCUGCCUCUCGUGGUCGGGGUGGCACGCGCAGGGGGAGAGUAAAGAACUUCUCCGACUCGCGUGUACAGGCUGCUUAUGAGCGCCAGCGCGACCUCAAGGCUACCUACCAAGCCGUGGCUUUUGCCCUCAAGCCUGCUCUGCAGGAGCUUGCCGAGCGUAGUGUCGACGAGAUGCUGCAGAGGCCAGACUCCCACAAGCAGGCCAAGGAGUAUCAGCCCAUUAUCCAGCAGCUCCGGGAGAAGCUUGAUAACAAGCUGCGCGAGUGUGACCGUCGCCUCGAGUGCGAUCUCAACCUUGCCGAGCACAGCUUCAAUGCCGAUAGAUAUGUCGCCGAGAAAGAAUUUCAGAAUGCCCUCGGUGACAUGAUAGAGCAGUUUUACCAAGGCCAGGAAAACCGCCUGCGCAUCCUCACUGCCCUUCAGGCCAAGAGUUUGCCCGUCGAUGUCGAGGAUGACCAAUACGAGUAUCGUGUCAUCAGUGACGCCGAGCUCGACAAUGACUUUGGUAUUUAUGAAUGCUACAAGAAUGGUCACCUCGUUCCUUACCCCUCACGUGUCGCCGGCACGGAAAUGUGGAGGAAGGCUCGCGACCCCGAGGCCUCGGCUGCGACGCCCCGAGAAUCCUCAGCAGCUCCCACGAGAGGCAGGGGACGGGGUCGCGCCGGCCCUGCCAGCGGCAUCAAGCGCAGAGCUGUCGAUCAACCAGAUGGCCAGUCAACACCAAAGAGGUCGACUCGCAACGUUGAUGAUAAUCAACUGCUUGCUCCCGCACCCAUCGCCCCGGCGCCCAUGAAGGGCUUGCUCGCCUCGGCCGCCAACGUCGACGAGGAGCCCGAGGGCACCCCUGGAGAGGAAGAAUCCGUUCCCGCCUCACCGGAACCGCCCCUGCUCAAUGGCAAUGGGUCCCUGAGCGGCCGUGCUCUCAGCAGGCAGCAGGCUCGAGAAAAGAGCCCGCCGUUACCCAAGAACAUAGGGGAGCCGGAUGAGUACGGCGUGCGUACCUACAACCAACGACCGUCAAUGCGAGAAAAGGGCAUCAACAGUCGUAUCCUCGCACCCCACGUCGUCUGGUUUGAGGAUUGGGAAAUUGGCUUCAAAGACACGUCCAAUGAUUCCUCAAAGGGCCACACUCGCGCCAAGCGAGGCAAAUUCCUCGACACCCCCAACAGCAACGGAUUUCACUUUGAUCACUGGUGCAACGCAUAUGACUUCUCUACCACGACUCCCGAGGACUUUGAUCAGGAACUGGUCAAACGAUAUGGUGUACAUCCCAAAUACGGCAUCUUCCUUCCCAACAGCACAAAUGACUUCGAGCAACCGCAGCCUUACGUCAUGCCAGGGAAGCCCAUUGUGUACAUCGCCAACCCAUCCGGCCGCGUAUCUCACGCCUCCAGGGGAUUCCAGUCGACAACCAAUCAACGUCGAUCGGAAGAGUCGCCGCUCAGAGAGAAGAUGAGGGCCAGUCUGCGCCGAUUCUGCAGGAUGGCCGAAAUCGACUCUGACGACAUUGACAUUGCCGAGUUUGUCCGAUCUGAUGACGCACUUCGAGCCAAGUCGCUGGGAACUGCCGAAAAGGAGUUCAGUGCACGACCUCAACUUUCCGAGACGACGUCCGAGGCAGAUCAAGGUGAACCGACUCCGCCUCAGGAACCCGAACAGUCUGACGAAGGCGUCGCGGACCUGUCUGCGUUGGCUUACGCAAUGGCCUUCAUCGCAGCUUGGGAUGUCACCCGCGCUGCUGCUCCACCUGCUACUACAUCCAAGCCGGCACGUUACGAUGCAAUUCGCGAUGUGUUUACCGACUCGAAGCCAGACCCUGCUCCUGCUCCUGAGAGCACCGGCCUGGGUCUCAACCUCCUGGCAGAAUUGUGCGACCUCGAGUCACGCCCUCCCGGUUGGGACGGCCACGCUGAACGGACAGGUGCCGUCGCGGAAUCGGAUUUGCGUACCACGAUAAAGCACGAGGAACCACCCCCAGUCUCCUCAUUCUCUCAUGCACCGAUGAAUCCAAGGCUCAGCCAAGAGCCGCCUCCGCCGUACACGCACAAGCAGCAGUCGGACCGUGUGACGCUGCCUCCGGUCAGUUCUGUUCACGAUCGUCCGGCAUAUCCUGUUCCCACGCCACUAGAUGCCGGCCACAGAAUGGACUACAAGUCCUCCGCUCAGGCCCCCCCGGCACCACCUAUGCCUGAUCAUGAAAGUUAUUAUCCCCCUCCAGGUGGUUCUUAUCCACCUGCUCCUCGUGAGCCUCACAUCUCAAGCGGUCGACCUAUAGAGCCGGGCUACAACCCUCGUCGUUUGAGCUACGGACCCGAAACACCUCAACAGCCGGCAUACAGUAGCACGUACUGGCCUCGACCGCCGUCUUCCGCCGGACCGCCAGGCCCUCCAUCCGUUCUCCCUCCGGCUGGUACUUCUGCUCCUCAGCCGGCCCCUCAAGGGUAUCCGCUGCACCCGCCUCCGUCGAGUUCGAGGAUGCCUUUCUCCCAGUCCGCGAGCGCAGAGCCCCUCCCGCCCCUACGUCCACCGCGGGCACGCACACAGUCCAUGCCGGAGGAGCCGCCGUACGACCUGAGUAUGCGUGGCGGCAUUCACAGCGCUUACUACCCGCUGCAUCCACGAUCUUAUCAGAGAGGAUACCCCCUGCCAGAAGCCCACCAGCCCCUACCAACGCUUCAGCCUAUGCCUGGGGAGAGGAUUCUUUCAAACCCACACCAGAACAAUCCUCCUUACAUGGGUUCUCCGCCGCCGGCGGUUGGCUACGCGUCUCAGAUCAUGUCGCCAACAUUUGCCAACGCCCCGGGGCUGCCGGGGCCGCUGGGUCAAAGCCCGCCCGGAACACCCUACGGUGGACCUCCGGGCUCGAUACAUCGACACAGAUCGACGCCUUCCGGCUCUUCAGACGCGGGGUCGAACAAAUAUCGUAAACUGCAGCCGGCUCCUGUACCACCUCACCGGGCAUGGUCCAACAAGCCAGAGCUGAAAACGAUCCCUUAUGACCACAAGGAGACUGGCUCUUCAGCUGCACUUCCCAGUUCUGGUCCCACCCAGAUAAGAGGGUGGAAUGUAAAUCAGCAUCGUAAACGAAGCAAGCAGGACAAGGGGGACCUUUCCAACGACAGAGACGAGUCCAGAUAG